UCUUUAGGUUGUUGUCUUUAUGCAAUGUGUUAUUUUCAUUCACCAUUUGAACCAGCAUAUGAAAGAGGAGAUAGUAUAGCAUUAGCUGUAUUAAAUGGAAAUAUUGAAUUACCAGAAAACAGUCCUUAUUCAAGUGGAUUACAUGGAUUAAUCAGAUGUUUAUUAGAGGUGGAUGCUCUGCAACGUCCAUUUAUUGAUGGCGUCAUAUUACAGAUUGAUGCUCUUUUGCCAAUUGCUCAAAGUUGGGCAUAAUAUUGAAAAAACAAAGUGUUUUUUUAAUGACUAUUUUUUAAAAAUUUAUUAGUUAAUUUUUCCAUAAAAAAAUAUAUUGAAAUUAAAUGAAGAUAAUAUAUACUCUGUUAAGAUAGGCUUUUGAUAAAAUGUGGUAAGUCACAUCUGCCAACUAGUAUAAAAAUGUAAUAAAUUUGUGCAUAUUGUAUAAAUGUAAGGUUGAUUAUUUGAAAGAUUACUUCUAAUAUGAAAUAUGAUUGUACAUUUUGUUAAUUUUACAUUAGCAGAUGAGAUGUACGUAUUUGCACCAGACAUUUAUAUAAUAUGAAUAUUUUAAACAAUUUAUGAACUUAUUUAUUGAUACUUUUAUUGUAAUUUUCAAUGUUUUAGUUGUAAAAUAUAUUGAUUCUCUCUUUAUUAUAAAAUUUCAAAAGUAAGUUUAAAACUUUUUAGUCAAGUUUUACAUAAUCUAUAUAGCAUAUUGAUUUUAUAUAACAAAGAAAUUAUUAAAAAAAUUUUUUUUUUAAUUUUGUAUGAAAAUAUUUAAAAUUUAAAAUGUUACUAA